GACCCCACCUUUUGCUGUACGCAGAACUGAGCUUGCGCUGUUCACAUUCUACGAUUCGAAUUAUAUUAUCGGGGGACUUUGGUUUGCUCGUGUAUAGUACCAUGCCUGUCCAGCCACGGGAACAUGUCUCGUCUACUAGCACUGCUCGACACCCUGCCAAGCUUCAGGGUAGUAUGUCACAGUACGGCGCACGUCGCAGACCAGCUGCAGCUUCCAAAUCACACCCCCCCUCUUGUGUACUUCCACCCUCUCUUCAACUCAACGCCAUUCCGCAAAAGGCAGAAUCACAGACAGUUUUUGACGGCCAUUGGCCUACCGCUGCAAGGCUGAGCCGAGUAUUUUCUCUCCCUCGACUGGGUACGAAUGCCAACAAGUCGAGGGAAAACAUUUCAGUGAUCCCUAAUCAAUGCGAUGGCAUUGUUGUUAGUAGUCGCAGGAAACGAUUGGUUCGACAUCCCUCGCGACGUUUAUCAAUUCCCGCUCAGACAUCCUCUUCGCAACAUGCCACCCCAUUCACUAGCACGCUUCCCCGGCCACCUUCGCUGUGCAUGACAGACAAAGCACCAAAGAGCCUCACAAACAAGACAUCCUUUUCACCCUUAAUAUCGGUUGGAGAUGAAACGGACGAGGACAGCGAUGAUCCAACUGCACAUCAUAAGACAGAAAGGCGACUGCAAAUGGCCAGGUUGGCCAAACUGACUCGUCACUUGGGCGAGGAGAUUCCGCCGGAGUUGGUUUUAUCCUCCACCCUUCCAAUAGAUAUAGCCGAGUUCAGGAGUUUGGCAGGAAGCCUGUCAGUAAAUCUAAGUAAGGGCCACCAGAGACGGUGGAGUUUGGAUCCCACAGCAGACCCCCAAUCAGCACCCGUACUUCCAAGCUCGACCAAGCUAAGGAAGAGUAGGUCACUGCGUGGCACAGAAGGCAUUUUGCGACCGCAAACCCAUGGUGAGCAUGCCGUCAAUGUUGAAGACGGGAAGCUCCCGUGUGUGUUGCGCGCUCCACGGACAGAGGCAGAUUUCCUCAAACCUUCUCAACAUGGUGUCUCGUCCUCUCUACGCGGACCUGAUGAUGUUAACCAUUCACUGAUGUCAACUCCGGAGGCUCCCUAUGGUCUUCAGAGUCCUUUACACAUUUCACCUCCUACUAUGCCACUCGCCUCAACACCUGAACGAUUGCAACUUCGCGAGAAUUCGGACACAUCCGAGUUGGCCCUCAACAACAUAUCGAAUAUGGAGCGCGGAGAAGAGAAACCAGACAGCUUUCUUGGCGUCGACACCAAACCCGGGCUAAGAUCUCUAACAAACCGGUCACUACACCCGACCGGAGAUCUAGCAGUUGGCAUCCGUCCCUCUCUAGCCCAGAUUCCCUCAUGCUCUGAUCUCGAAGUCGACGUGCAGAUCAGCAAAAGAACUCGUUUCUGGCGCAUGAAAGUCGGGAAGGAUGUGGUGCAGAGCGUUAAUCCUGACGAUAUUGCGAUGCAGCUGAGGGAGAUGAAAGCUUCUACAUGACCAAAAUACUUGACAUGGAGCUCUUAAUGUUAACACUUCGUAUAUAUAUAUAUAUAUUGUCUACAAUAUUCACCUGCGGUUGCGCAUUAUUCUUUG